CAGUCUGAAAGGCCAUCCCUUCGCCCUGUGGUUUCCAUGACGUCCAUCGACAGUACGAUGCGGGGGCCGGCUCCGCAGUCGUCCUACGCCUGUGGCCGGUGGAGGCGGACUGUGUGCGCGUCAGGAGAUCCCACAGGAAAAGCCAUCAAGAUCAAGUACCAAGGCCUGUCUCAGGAUGAUGACAUCAUCGAUGGGUUCAACAAAAACUGGGACCUCAAUAAAAGGCUGCUAGAUCACUUCAGAGCGCUUGCUACCAGCAACCAAGACACAGAUGAGGUGGACCUGCCGUACCUGGACAGGGUGAUCUGUGAUGGUGCCGACGUCGACGCAGCGGACAAGUACGGGCAGACGGCCCUGCACGAGAUCUCGCGCGCGUGGAACGUGGACGUCAUGCGCUUCUUCCUGGACAGAGGGGCGGACGCGCGGCGGGCCGACUCGUAUGGCGUCACUCCCCUCCACGUGGCGGCAGCGCUGGACUACGAGGAGAUGAUCCACUUCCUGCUGGAGAGGCAAGCUGACGUUGGCGCCCGGACCAACAGGGACCAGCAGACCCCCCUGCACUUCGCGGCCAAGAACAACGCCGUGGGCGCCAUCAGGAUCCUGCUCCAGUCCGGCGCAGACAUUGCUGCCGGCGACUACAAACGGAGGACCCCUCUCCAGCUGGCUGCUAACCUGGACCGCAGUGAGGCGGCUCGCACGCUGAUGGAGCUCGGAGCGGACGCCGGGGUUCGGGACUCUGACGGACAGCUGUGCAUCACCUCCAUGAUUGGCCAGAUGGCCCCCGUGGCUCAGUUGGCGCUCGACCAGUUCCACGUGACGGACCGGAUGACCCGGCAGCAGUUCUACUACCUUCACCUCCUGGAGCCGGAACCGCCCUGCAAACAGAGCCCCCAGGGUCUCAAGGCCCCCAGCUCGCAAGAGCUGAGUACAAAUGAGCCCUUAUCACCGCUGGAGUUUAUCGUGCGUCAGGGGCAGCUGGACCUCAUCAUGCACCCCGUCAUCCUCAAACUGAUCGCGGUCAAGUGGAACCUGUACGGCAGAACGGGAGCCUGGAUAUUUCUGCUCCUCAACUUCCUUUUCAUCCUUUCCUGGACGACAGUCGCCAUCUCCGUCUCCGUGGUCCGAGAUGAAACGCACCCCUACGUGUUCCCUCAGGACUGGUGGCGUGUGUUGGUGGCGGUGUUUGCCCUGGGGUUCACGGUGAUGGAGCUGUAUCAGGAGGUGGCGGAGGUCGUACGAUCCCACAGGAAGCUGCGGAGGUGGCAGAGCUGGUGUGAGCGCAGGACAAGCGAAGAUCUGAACUGUGUGCACCCCAUGUGGCCCGAGGAGAAGCAUUUUUUAGAAGAACACAUUAAAGUCAUUCGGAACAUGAAACCGGCUUACUUCCAUGACCUCUGGAAUGUGUUUGAUUGGUUGGUGUACACGCUAGUGAUGGUGGUGUUCGGGAUCCACGUGGCGGAUAUCUUCGUCAUCGAAAGCACGCUUCGGGCCACCAGCAUCCGUCUCUUUGCCGUGACCGUCAUCUUCCUCUGGCUGAGGCUAAUGAAACACGUCAGAGCCUUUAGGAUAAUGGGGCCCUUCAUUGUGAUGCUGGGGAAGAUUGUGGGGGACGUUUUGCGGUUUCUCUUCCUCUACGCAGAGUUCUUCAUCCCGUACGCCUGUGCUUUCUGGAUCAUUUUCGGAGGCAGUCCAGCGGUGCCCAGCAUGCAGACCGUGCCCAAGCUCCUGUACAGCCUGUACCGCCUCACGCUGGUAGACGAUUAUGAGUUUGACGCCAUGGUGGACGUGGACUCCGUCAUGGCCCACCUGCUCUGCGGCACCUUCCUGGCGCUGUCGGCCAUCUUGUGCAUCAACCUGCUGAUCGCCGUCAUGUCCGACACCUUUCAGAGGGUUUAUGAUAACGCCUUGGCAAAUGCAGUCAUGCAGCAAGCCGCCAUCAUCCUGCAGGUGGAGGAAGCCAUGUCCUGUCUCCGUGGUUACUGUGACGACCAGCAUAUCCACCGUCACUGCGCCCCCUUGGCAGAGUUCUAUGACGAGGAGGUGGCAACCGACCCGGACCAGCAUGCAGAGAUGAGAAAGAUCACUACGCAGAUCAAGGAAACCCUGGAUGAGUUUCUGGAUAUAAAUAAGGAGCCGAGUCUGCAGAAUCCCGACAAAUCUGGCAACCAGGACAGAGGAGCCGGGGAUGGACACAAGUCGACUGCAGCACAGGGAAAAUAUUUGCAGACUCUGCAGAAAGUGCAGAGGGAUCAGAACCAGCAGACCCGUGACCUCGCCGCUCUGAGGACGGACGUGAAGGAGCUGCAGGUUCUGCUGCAGCGGCUGAUCCAGUGCGGCCCCGGCACAGCUGCAGGGGCAGACAGUGAUGCUCAGCCAAAGGGGUUCACAGAGACGGGGGAUUCUACAUCACAGACCCCCCCACGCCAGAAUACAACAAAAUUUUAAUUAUUUUACCAAAAUACAUUUUGCAUUAUAAGUGUCUUAAAACACUUUCAUAUUUGUUUAUAUCAACAUGGCUGAUGAAUGAAAAUUUUUGAUCCAUUUGAAUGAAAACAAUUUUUUUUUUCUGAAUUUUUUUGUCAAGACAGUCUUAUGCAUUUUUAAAAAUAAUUUUCCAUAAAUGUCAUGAAACACAAUUCCAUUCAUUUUAAUCACAGUGGUUGUUGAAUAAACAUGACUGCCCACCCGUCUUCAUGAAAAAAAUUACAUAUUAUCAAAGGUAGAUAAUAGCAUGCAGCCAGUGCUCAUGGCCAAUUCAUUUCAAUCCUGUGUUGGUUUUUUUUAAGCAUCCUUUGCUCUUGAGUGUUAAUAAAGGAGCCCAAUGACUCAAAGACAA